GCUGUCUGCUUGUCUGCGAGUGCAGAACGAUUUUUUGCUCCUCUCCUCUGUGGUUCGUAGCAGCAGUGGAUUUUGUCGCGAAAAAGGAGAUCGAAGUGAAAAUUUCCUCGCAAAAAGCAGUAUUUCCGCGUGUUAGGUUGUUCAUUUCGUUCGAGAAAGUGUAUCCACUCCGUUUGCCGACCGGAUUGCACACGAAAGUCGGAUCUGUUUCCGGGGUCGCGUCAGCCCCGUUUCUGGGCUCCCGACGACGAGAGAGCGAGGCCCGUUCGCAGUGUUGAAUACACACUGCUGCGCUGUUGCCUUUAAAACCUUGGGGCUCCUCUCUUGUUGCAACUAUCAAGAGUGAUUGCGACGACGAAGUAGUAGAAGAAACGGAGCCAACAACGCCACCGUCCGUGGUAGACGUGAUGUUCAACAAUUACGGCAACGUGAUGAUGACCGACCAGUUCCGAAAGGUGGAACAAUACUCGCCCAAAUCGUCCCCGCGGGCCGGUGGGGCAGGCGGACGGUCCCCGGUAGUGGCCCGCCAGGACUCGUCCGGAACGCUUAAGACAACGAUCCAGCUCGGCAAGAACCCGUCGAUCGUGCACAGUGGGCCGUUCUAUCUGAUGAAGGAACCUCCAGGUGAGUGCGAUACCGAAGGCGAAGGCGAACUCACCGGUGCAACCAACUUGAUGGCCCACUAUGGCCUCGAACAUUCUUAUAGUAAAUUUAGUGGUAAGAAAGUAAAGGAGCAGCUCUCGUCGUUCCUGCCGAACCUGCCGGGCGUCAUCGACGGACCGGGACAUCUCGACAACAGUUCACUCAGAAGCGUCAUCGAAAAACCACCAAUCGGUGGAAAAGAUCUACUUCCUCUCACAAGCGUACAAUUGGCUGGCUUCCGCCUGCAUCCUGGACCACUCCCGGAACAGUACAAGCACCUGAAGACGGCCCCCACUAGAAAGCAUAAGAAUAAGCAUAAGAAACACAAAUACAAGGAGGGUGUCGCGCCCCAGUCGGAACAGUCGGCGCUGGAGGCAUCCGGGCUCGAUACCCACGAGAAGAAGCACAAAAAGCAGAAACGCCACGAAGACGACAAGGAGCGGAAAAAGCGGAAAAAAGAGAAGAAGCGCAAAAAACAGCGCCACAGUCCGGAGCAUCCUGGUAGCGGGGCUGCCUCGAUGCCACCGCAAACGCAAGUCUUCUAAAAACAAAACAAACCAACUUUGUAUAAUCAAAAGAAACCUUGGAUGUGGAUGGAAACUUCACGCAGACUCAGCUACUGCAACACAACAACAAACAACAACACUAACGUCGUUAGUGCUAGUUAUAAGUAAGGUAAAGAUUAAUAUUAAGGUCAUUUUUUCGGUCGAAUGGGAGCUGGUUGCUUGUUCCCGGGUUUCCAGAUGAAAAGAAAAUCCCAAUUCGCUAGACAUAUUAACAGUAUAUAAAGAUGAAAAACAAGAAAACGUAACCCUUAGAACACGGUAACAAUUCUUAUCAAAGAAGAAGCACCACCCGUUUUCUCUGUUUUUGUUGAUAGGUUUAAUCGUACCCAGAACAGUUUUGCAUACAAAAGUGAUUCCUUACCACAAACUUAUACUAUUAUAUUGAUUGAUGAUGAUAACUAAAGUGUGAAAUCGAGUAUCGAUUGCAAACAUGAAAAAUGCCAAUUUUCGAUAGUAGGAGUGUGUCAAAAAGAUAAUCCUCAAUUAAAAAAAAAUUAAAUUUUAUGCAACAGAAGCCUUGUUUUUCUCUUUGCAGAAGAAAAAUUAUUUAACAAAAAACAACAAAAACAUUAAAAAGCCCAAUAGCCAUGUAAGUUGAACUAUACGGUUAAGAUCUUAAACUCUUUUACUUUGUCAAUGUUUUCCCUUCGCGUGCCCUUGGGCGAAAAUCUUCCGUAGGUCGUUCUUUUCUUACCGUCUCUGUUUGUACAGAAGUAAAAUUGAAAUAUUCUCGGACGUUGUGGAGCAAGGUCUGCUCGAGCGAUCCAAGCUGGUCGCUGACCUGUAAAAAAAACUUUCCUCUCGUAGGUGGAUCAGUUCGAUUCGAAGCGACCACCGACGGCGUCACAGAAAGCAUGGUUUAUCAUUUUAGCAAACGUGUAUUUAUAUGAUUAUUGAGUUAUUAUUUAAUUUUAUUUUCAUUUAGCAAUACAUUUGAAGCAAGUGAAAAGUGAAA